AUGAGCUCCCUGCUGCCCGUGAAGGACGGCGACGCCGGGACCGUCCUGCAGUACCGCGACGGCGGCGAGGCGGGCGGCGGGACGCACGGCAGCGGCGCCGCGGCCAUGCCGGCCACGGCCGCCUCCGUGGGCCUGCCGCCCGGCCCCCAUCUCCUGGCCAGCAGGCACCUGCAGAGACUCAACAGCCAGUACCGCAGCGCCCUGGCGGCGCCCGGCUCGCGGACCCCCUGGGCCCGUGGGGCUCAGCCCCACGGCCCCCCGCCCGGCGCCGGCCUCAUGGACUGGGACCCCGUGGACGAGGAGGUGCUCACGGCGCUCGUGGUGGAGCUGGGCCUCGACAGGGCCCGCGAGCUGCCGGAGCUGUGGCUCRGCCACAACGAGUUCGACUUCGCCGCCGACUUCCCGGCCGCCUACUGA